AUGAAUUCGACUUCUAUUAAUAAAAGCUAUACUCCAACAAAAGAUUACAUCAAAAAGCUAAAGUAUAGAGACUAUUUCGAGCAUGUUACACAAAUGAAAAGACAAAUUGAAUACAUUGAUAAAAUUAGCCAAGAAUUUUCUCAACAACACGAAAGAAAACUAAAUGAAUCGAUGAGUCAAAUCUCUUCUGAUAUUGAGCAAAGAGAUAUUACUCCUAAAAAAGCGAUGUAUUAUCAGAAACUCGAUCUUCCAAAGUUCAAUCCUGGUAAAUAUAGUACUCCUUCAACACCACAGAAGCAAAUACAAACUACACCUCCGAUUCUUAAGUACUAUCCUUGUGGUAUCUAA